AUGGCUUCUAAUCCUUGGUGGCCCUCGUCUUCGGAUGACGAAGAGGAGAUGUUUUUCGCAAACGCUGUACUACGAGCGGGACAGAUUCUAAUCGAAGAGGAAGAGGAAGAGGAAGACUUCUCGUCUGAAAAUGUUAUUACCACACGAAUACGGAUUAACAGAGACCGCCAAGGAGCGCACGGGAAAUUGGUGAACGAUUAUUUUUCGGAUGAACCACUUUACAACGCCGACAUUUUCAGGCGCAGGUUCCGAAUGAGUCGCCGCUUAUUCACACAGAUUGCUAAUGAUUUGGCGGGGCUAGACCCGUUUUUCACGCAACGACCUGAUGCUCGAAAUUAUGAAGGGUUUACCACGUUACAAAAGUGUACUGCGGCCAUUCGCCAACUGGCGUACGGGACAGUGGCCGACGCUUUGGACGAGUACUUACAGAUGCUGGCAAGAACUACGCGGGAAUGUUUGUAUCGGUUUUGCCAUAAUGUGGUGAAACUGUAUAGCAAAAAAUAUUUGCGGAAACCAAACGCGUAUGAUGUUCAACAGUUGUACCAAGCUCAUGAAGCAAGGCACGGGUUUCCGGGAAUGCUUGGUAGCAUUGAUUCCGUGGCAUCACAAGAUUUGUGGAUAUGGCAUUCUUUCUUUGGUCUCCCUGGUUCACUCAACGACCUCAACGUGUUAUACCAAUCGGCGAUCUUUACCGAUGUCGUUAAUGGAACCGGUCCGGACACACGUUUUACAGUUUCUGGGGUUGAGUAUAGACGUGGGUAUUAUCUUGCUGACGGGAUAUAUCCGUUUUGA